GUCACUGGUCGCGUUUCACCAUGGUGCAGUGGACAGUGGUGUUCGUGGCCGUGGCCGCCGUGACCGGUGUGGUCUCGUCUCAGCAGUACUUCGGCAAGAAGCUCGGCUCGCUGAAGUCUCUCGAGCACGGCGUGCGCGGGGAUGUGUACGCCGUCGACUCCCGGACGCUCCAUAUCCGCAACUUCAACUACGACGGACAGGGACCCGAUGCCUUUUUCUAUGUGGGCAGCGGAAGUCGGCCAUCCAACGCCGGCUACAAGGUGCCCGACGAGAACGGAAGCACCAAGCCGUUGGGAGCCUACAAGAAUAAGCACGUGACUCUGACGCUUCCCAAUGGCGUCACCAUGGACAAGGUGCAGUGGGUUUCCGUCUGGUGCAAGGCCUACUCGGUGGACUUUGGCAACAUCAUCAUGCCGCGGCCGGUCACCGAUUACCCGCGACCGCAACGUGUCGGGCGCAUGGCCACCAUCGAGCACGACGUCGCAUCCGGCGACGUCGUCGUGGUCGACGCGCAGACGCUGCUUGUGCCUGACUUCACGUACGACGGCGAGGGCCCAGACGCGCACUUCUGGGUGGGUAAGGGCCCCAAACCCUCGCGAGACGGCAGCAUAGUGCCGGACGAGAAUGGCGGCCAGAGCCCGCUGCGCAAAUACAGCCGCAAGACGGUGGUCCUCACGCUGCCCGGCGACCAGACGGUGUUUGACGUGGACUACCUGAGCAUCUGGUGCCGCCAGUUCUCGGCUGACUUCGGCCACGUGGAGAUCGACCGGCGCAGCCUGAACGUGCCGCCCAGCCUCAAGAUGCUGGGUGUGCGGCCGCAGACGAAGCUCAACUGUGAGGUGCUCGAUGACGAGCUGUCGUUCGAGGUGCGCUGGGCGGUGGCAGGAGAGUCCAUCGUCAUGCAGCUCGUCAGCAAGAUAGAUGCCCGCCAGUACAUGGCGUUCGGUGUCAGUGGGGUGGACACGCGGAGCGUAAUGACCGGAGCCGAUGCCGUCGUCACGUGGCUGGACCGCGAUACUGGCCAGGGGUUCGCUCACGACUACUUCCUGCAAGACAAGGCCCAGUGCUCGGGCGGCCAGGGCACCUGCCCGGACGACCAGCUCAGGGGCGGUAAGAACGAUGUCCGCCUGCUUAACUCCGCCUUCAUCAACGGCUUCUCGAUGCUGACGCUGCAGCGGCCGCUGAAGGCGGCAGACCGGCUGGACCGCAGCAUCAGCACGCAGCAGCCGCAGGCUGUCAUCUGGGCGGUGGGACCGGUCAGUGGCGCCGGCGACAUCGGCUACCACCGGCGGCGCGUGCGCGGAGAUUUGCUGCUCCACUUCGGCCGCAGGCCCGCCUGGAACUGUCCGGUGACCACGGGCGCCGGCGGCGCGCCCGGCCGACCGGCGCCGCCGGCGCCGCGCCCCUCCACCGCCUGGCAGAUCCCGCCGAUUGCCUGCAACGAGCCCGAGGACCGGGUGCUGUAUGCGCAGAUUGGGCCGACGGGCGGUGCGCGCGGAUACGACGCCAUCACCGGCCGAGCCGGCUGGGGCGUCGCAUGGUACGUUAACGGCCUGCUUAUCCCCGAGAUCAGCGUUGUGCGCGGACAGACGUACACGUUCGUGGUGGAGGGCGGCCGGGACCCAGAGCGGCCGGCCAAGUACCACCCGCUCUACAUCACCGACGACCCCGACGGCGGCUACCAGUUCAAGACGGACGAGGAGCGCGCGCGUGUGCGCGUGUUCGCCGGAGUGGAGGUGGACAGGGAGGGCGGGCCGCGACCGACGGCCGGCGGUCGGCUCUGUGAGUGGCUGCAGAGUGCUGAAGGCCAGUCAGCCGGCACUCUGGGCUCGUUCGGCGCCUUCCAGCGCACACUCCAGCUGGACUGCGAGGAGGGCCAGCCGGGCAUCCUGCAGUGGACGCCCGACCGUCACACUCCCGACACCGUCUACUACCAGUGUUUCACGCAUCGCUUUCUCGGCUGGAAGAUCAAUGUCCUCGACUCCUGUCCAUUUGAUGAGGGCAUCGCGGCAUCCGAGCUCAAUGAAGUCGACCGGAUCAUGAAAGACGUCUACGACGAUUACGACUACUACGAAGACGGCCUGGCGCAGUCCAGUGUUCGGCUGGAACAGACGUUGACCAACAGCCUACCGCCCCAGCCGGCCGCCGACACCGGUCGGCCCGCCGGCGGCCCCGGCCCGAACUACGCUGACUUCCACGUUGACCUGGAGGUGGCGCGCCGGCCGCUACCGCCGCCGGCAGGGCCGCCCUCAUCACAACCUGGGCAGAGCUCUGUCUUCGACUUUGGUGAUUUCCCGCCUGGCUUCCCGCGGCCCGAACUGCCCCUUCCGCGUCCGCCCUUCAACUUCGGGGAGCGCAUCAGGACCAGGAAGCCUGCAGUGUUGUCUGCCACUACCACCCCAGGGACCACGUUGUCCUCCGACGAAUCGUUCGUUCCUGAAGUCGAGGCUGACUCUUUCGACGCCUACCAGAAGGGCGCAAUUCAGUCCGACAGGAAAAAGCUGCAGCUGAGUGAAAACAGUAAGAACCAAUCCGUGUUUCGGGAGCCGCCAAUCGCGGAGCAAGAAACAGCUUCAGUUCCGCCUCGCAGAACUCUGAACAGGAUCAACAGGCCUCCACUGCAGGCGCACAGUAAGCCACCACCGCCCAGGCAGCGUCCGGCGCUAUCCCCAGGUCCCCUUCCACCAAAUUCAUCUGGCAACAGUCAACGUCCUUCUCUAGAGACAUUCCAGCCACCACUCCACGGCCGCCCAGCUACCAAUACUCAUCAAGCCCCGUCCUCCAGGACCACCCGUCCGCCACCCACGUCCAGACGUCCGUCGCUCAGAUCCACACGUCCACCCUCUAGGUUUACACGUCCGCAGCCCAGAUCCACACGCCCGCCUCCCAGACCCACACGCCCGAUUUCGUCUUCGCGCUCGCCGGCUCCAGCCGCCAAGCCACCCAACAUCGCGUCAUCCUCGGCGGUCUCGCGUCCCCCGUAUCCCUUUUUCAGUGUGCCCAGUCCUGAAGCGGGCCGCCGACAGCCGGCGCUUGACCACGGCGUCCGGGAGUCGCCGUCGGCCCAGCCGCGCGUUCCGCCCGUGGUGUUGGACCGGCCGCAGGGCGAGCCUGCCACCACCUCCAGCCGGCCGGAGUUCAGCCAGCCGCGGCCGGUCCCGCCCGGCCAUGGCUUCGACCCCAAGGACAUCGUGUACGAGACGGGCUUCAAGCCGGUGAAGCACAGCGAUCGCAACAACCCGCCGCUGGCGUUUGAGGUGGCGGACGUGGCUGCCGCAGAGAGUGGCCACGUCAGCAGUGCGCCGCCGGCCAGCCGCAGCCCGGCGCCGCCAGCGACGGCGUUCCGGCCGUCCGCUGCCACCCAAGGCGGCUUCCGCGUGUCAUGGUUUGGCGAGGCUGGUGGCCGGCCGCAGGCGGUGAACAUCCCGCUGCCGGUGUCGGUAGUGCCCGUGCGGCCGCCGGCGCCGCGUCCGGGAGGCUUCCUGAGCGGUCUCCUCGGCUACUUGCCGAGCCUGCGCGGUGGCCGGCCAGCGCAACGCCGGUCUCCGCCUCACUUCGCCAAUCCCAACCGAGUGCUGGAACUGGACAGUGCUGGCCGGCCGAGCAACGGUUUGCGCGUUCCGGAGAACCACCCGCACGUGCCGGUGCCGUACCCGGUCCUGCAAGCGGGCCCGGUCGGUUCGCACCUGUCGCUGGAGAGCAGGCCGGCCCGGGCCGGGCCGCAGCGGUUGCCGAGCACGCCGCAGAUGCAGGCCGUGUUCGAGCGCGACCCGUUCCGGCCGUCGCCGGUGGACUCGGACGACUUCCAGCCGGUGCCAGAGCCGCCGCAGAGCGCGCCGCCCUCCCGGCCGCAAGGCGCCUCCCAUGGGCCAGCAGCGCGCCCGCAGACGGCGCACACUCACGCACCGUAUGCUGAGUCAGAUUCUACCCCGAAUUACAUUCUGGAGGACAUCUGGAGCCGAAUGCGGGCAGCGGGGGUGACGUCUAAGGACGACGUCCGGGAGCGGCGUGACGUCAGCAGGGCGAUCCGGUCCACUGAUCCGUAUCCGGAGCUGGUUCUGGAACCGGAAGACCAACCGGCCGACGGAAGCGAUCACGUGGAUCCGUCAAAUACUGCCGACAGAAUUCAAGCCGCGGCGUGGCAGUUCAGUGCACCACUAUUUCUGACAUUGGUUAUCAGAUGGCGACACUGAAGUACCGCCCGCUCCCAGUGUCUGGCACGAGCGUGAAUGUGUGCGUGUGUACAUGCAAGGGAGCGCGCCAGAAAGACGUAGUCAUUUCAGGCAUCGAAGUAUGUAGCGAAAUAACGCGAAAAAGAGCGAAUGGAAGAGAAACAGUGACGAGACUGGAUCAAGGCGUAAGAGUUAAUUGCAUUUGCCAGAAGUGGAAGCGAGUCCGAAAUAGGGCUGGCGGCGGCGGGUGUCAUUUGCUGUACUUUUGGACAGACCAGUCCAACAGUUUCACAUUCUGACACCGGACCUAUGACUAUGCAUGGCACGAACGGCCCCCAUGUCCGCACAUACACUUGCGGUCUCCAAGUUAUUGCGGAGCCCCCCACCGCUGGUUGACAGGACGCGUGUCAUCUCAUGUUAUUCCGUUGAACACUAUGUAGGAGCCGUCGUUGUUCUGUUCGUGUGUUAUUUACAACUUACAACUAAGUUACAACUGUUGCGACUUAUUGUCAAGUUUCACGCAAAUGUGCACAGGUGUUCGGUUAUAGGUACACGUAUUAGCGGCGCGUAGUUUGUUCCAUUAAGCAUCAAAAUAUCACGAAGCUUGGGAAAUUUGUUACGAAGCGUCUGGCAUUGUGAAGAGCCUUGGAACCAUUUGUUUUGUUGUCCAACAAACAUGUUUGGAACCAACAUGUUUUGUUGUCCUUCAAAAGCUAUUUUAGGGUAAAAAAUAUUUACAUCUUCCACCAGAGACACACCAAUAACUUCAUGGGGAGGAAUGGGGAAGAGUGCAGUCCUCCGGGCAGAGCUGGCCAGCGUUCACCUUAGUUCAACCUUCCUUACGAAUAGGCCAGUCGAAAGUUUUCUAUAACCAAGACGCUGCAGGGUCGAUUCGGAGUGUUCAAAAGUUUUGCGUUUGCUCGGACAGCCAGCACGAGAGGCGCCGAUGACGAGGCCCCAUAGGUCGCCUCCAUGGACGUAAAUCUCCAAAUCACGUCAAACUGAAAGUGGUCGAAUAAAUGAGUGGCGGCAGUGACUGGGAAGAAGAGCAACAGCCUGCGGCCCAUUGGCACCACGGGUUUGGGUCCCAGACCCUACUACAAAAGCGCCUUCCCUGAGCUCAUGGUUGGGAUCCUCGGAACCAUUUAGAUGCCCCCCCCCCUCACCCCACCCCUAAUCCUGAGUGGCCAAUGACUUCUACACGACUUGCUCAAGAAAAUUAGAGGGAUUAGUUUGCACAUUCUCCCGUGAUACGUUGCACAACGACGCAAUACACUUCGGUGACAUCUUCCAUUGGAAAGAGCUUCCGUCGGCGCCCCAGCCAUAUCAUGCCCCCCUUUCUUGGAGAGCGCGCUGGAACGAACCUAUAAAAUAGCUGUUGGUGAAGCCUGUGCGAUCACAUGGUUACGUACACGUACCUUAGAUAAUGAGCCGUUGCUCCACACGUCAUUCGGCACGACCUGCAGAAGGAAGCUCGUACCUUGUUACACGGCAGCCAUAAUAAAACAUUUAACGAGGGAAUAGUUGUUUUCGCUAA